UUGAGGGAUAUCUGUUAUCGCGGUUCAUAAACAGUAUAUGUAGUUGAUCUUAGUAGACCGUAAGACCGUAAGAGUGCCAAUUCAAAGUUUUCGACUUCGAUCCCAACGCCUGCACCAUAUUCAGAGUAUUUAUCGAAAAGCAACAAACCUCUAUGUAGUAAACCAUGAAUAUAUGUAUAUUAACUUUAUAAAAAGUAGACAAUAUAGAAUAUGUGACAGAAAAUACUUGUUUACAUUUGAGUAGUAGUUGUUUUCGAUAAUUAUUAUUAUUUUAUGAGUUUACAAAACCUUUAAUAUGCAUGAACAAGCAGAUCCGGAUAUCAUUGAAUUUGAGGAUGUUGAUAUCUGCGAUCCGAAGUAUGUCGAAGGCCCAGGUUUUCGACAAAGAAGAAGUGCCAUUUUUGUUACUUUUGCUGAUCCCUCGAUAACACUAGUAGACGUGGAAAAGAUGAUGGAAACUGGAAUGAAUGUUGCUAGGUUCAAGACGUCACAUAGUACCACAGGGGACAAAGUGAAAUUACUAAAAAAGUUUGAUAAAGCUACGAAUUUCUUGGCUGCUAAGUAUGGAUUACUGGAUUGGCCUUGCGCCACAUGCAUUGAGCUGAAGACGUGUGUUGCCAAUACUGGGAUUCUCGAAGAUAAUGAUUUUGAAAUUGUCAUACGUGAAGACACCGAUAUAGUUAUGUCUUGUGACGUUCAAAUGUACAAUAAAUGCAAUGCGGAGCACAUCUUUGUCAACAACCCUUACCUAACAUCGGAUGCGAAAGUUGGAAUGAUAAUCAAUAUAGGUUCAGAUGAAAUAAUAACGAAGUGUACAGCUAUUUUAAGCGCCAAAACGAUAAAGUGUCGUGUCACUAAAGGGGGUAUGUUGCAUAACAUGGCAUAUGUCUGCAUGAGAGGGGCAAAACGAACUCGUCCUUACUUGACAAAAGCAGAUCUGCAUAUUAUCAAAUUUGCUAUAGAAUACCAGGUGGAUAUGAUAAUCAUUAACUAUGCACGACACAUCGACACGGUCAGGAAAAUCAAGCGAUUUCUAGGAUCGAAAGUCAGGAGACCAGUCAUAGUGGCUGGAUUAUCAAGUGAGCAAGGACUCGAUAAUAUUGAUGGUAUAAUCAAUGAAGCCGACGCAAUCUUACUUUCUAGAGAAUUUAUAACCUACGAGCUUCCAUUGCACUUAUACCAUAAAAUGGGUCGUAUUCAAAAGUAUGUUGCCGCUAAAUGUCGACAGGUUGGUAAACCUUUUUACCUAUCUGGCGGAAUUUUCAAUGAAGCUCUCAUGACUGGAGAUUUUCAUGGCCGAGAAUUUUCUGACGUCACUAACGCAAUACUAGAUGGUGUCACCGGCUUUGUUUUAAGGGAAACUCCAAAUGUUGACUAUUUAAUGGCAGUGAUGAGAACUAUGAAUGAUCUAUGUGCAAGUGUGGAACCCUUAACUAAUGAUAGACAAGGUUUCUUUCGCGAUUUAUCUCAGCUUAAAAUGCCUUUGAAUGCUGCUGAAGCUAGCGCCAUAUCUUGCGUAUUUAUCGCCAACCAAACCCAAUCCCGCAUCAUUGUGUGCCCGACAGUGUCUGGGCGAACAGCUUACCUGCUAAACUGGCUGAGACCAGUUAACCCCAUAAUUGCUGUCACCACUAAAAUCAGAACCGAAAGGAUAUUGCGCACCCAAAGAGGCGUCAUUGCACUUUUAUACAAAGGUGCACCUCGCAGAACGUGGUUCCGUUCAGUACAGGCUCGUGUCGAAUACGCUAUUGAAUACGCGGUAGAAAAACAUUGGCUGGAGUACGGAGACCCAUACGUGACCCUGGAGAAGGGGACAGAAGCUAGCCCAUUCUGUGACUGUGUCCGAGUGUGGAAUGUUACUACAGUUAAGAAAAAUACCGUCGAAUGUCCUGAGGAUUAUCAUGAUUUCGCGCUGAAUGACUUUGUCGAACCUCCACCUUUACAUAAAAAACAUAUUGCGGUUAAGAAACAUAGUGUUGAUGAUGCAAUGAAAGGCAAAUCGUUGGAUUCAAUAUUAGCAGAAGCUUUGGAACAAGUCCGUCGUGGUGCUAAUACUAACAAUGAAGACGGGAAUCAAGAAAACAUAAAAACUUCCUAGUACGGGUCUACCAUCUAGGUCUAACGUCCCUAGCAUGUUAUUUGGUUACUAUUGCAAAUAGAAUAUUUGUGGUGGAUUUUAAUUAGACUAUUUGAAAACUUUAA